AUGGCACAACUUUCUAGCGAUGGGGUACUUUUACCGCAUCCCCAGAUUUUAAAGCAGCUACCGCCCGAACUGGUAGAAAUUCUGCGCACAGGAAGUUCAAUUCCAGAAACAUUUCUUGAUACCCUGUCAAUUGCAGCAUUACAGCCAAAUUAUACCAACAAACUAUUCACAUUAUAUGAGCCAAUAUUUGUGGAUUUAGCUGCCAGGUGGAUUUGCUUGGACUCCCAUGAAUACUAUGUUCAAGUUACCACUGCAUUUGCACGCAUUUUACCCUUUGCGCCAUAUCUUCGACCAUUUGUCAAUGCCGUCUUCCAACGCCUUAAGAGCAGUGCCCUACCAUCCUUGUCAGAGUCAAACCAGUUUGAACUGUUACAAAUGGAAGGUCGAACUCUGCAUGCGUUUCUCGUUGCUCUGUUUCGUCUUCUUAGUUUCGACUUGGACACCUUCUCACCUAUGACGCCCGUGUCCCAACUGCAGUCACUGCUCAGUCAUCACAACCCUGUCAUUAGAUACCUUGCAAUCCGAUGUUUUUGCUUGUAUAUGCGUGCGGCAGAUGCUUCCUUGGAACAAAUGAUAAGCAAGUAUCAUGAUGGGACAGCGAUCAAUGGCUCAUGGGAAGACCGAACCAUCGAUUACCGCCUCCUUAGUAUUUGGGAAGAGAAGCGAUGGGCUGGAUUAAAGGAAGAACUAGAAAAUGCGCGAAUAUCUCGCGAUGAUUCUGUUACGGAGACUUGGACCAAAGAAUUUCGAAAUUCUUUCACGAGUCACACUGCAGAAAUCGGCGGGGUUCUUCUUCCCACCAUCCAUCCGAAAAACAAUAUGGGAGCAUCCUGCCUGGUGGAAACACCAACGGUUCGACGCAACCUUCGCAGUUUCGGUAAUUCGCUUCUCUCGAUGGAUCCGUUGCUGCUCGUCGGCCUGGCCGGUUCUGGGAAAACGUCACUCGUACACGCGGCAGCCAACCGAAUGGGCCAUUCUUCUUCCAUGAUUACACUUCACCUAAAUGAGCAAACUGAUUCUAAAAGUCUAUUGGGGUUGUACUCGACAUCACCUCAAGCUGGCUCAUUUUCUUGGCAGCCUGGCGUUUUAACCAAAGCAGCCAGGGAGGGUAGGUGGGUUUUGAUUGAAGAUCUGGAUCGUGCGCCCUCUGAAGUUAUUGGCCUUAUCCUCCCGCUUAUUGAGAAAAGGGAACUUAUAAUACCAAGCAGAAAAGAACGCAUCCGUUGCGCUGACAACUUCAGGGUUAUUGCCACCAUGCGGUCUACUAUCAAUGCGGCCGGGAAAGAAAUAACCCCAGGAACUAAUAUGUUGGGAAGUAGACUCUGGAAUCACAUUCAGGUGGCAUCAAUGCCCUUGUCAGAAGUCAAAGAGGUUAUUAUUCAGAGGUUUCCGCUACUUUCCCCUCGAGUAGAUAUAAUCAUGACUACGUUCGAUCGCAUCACAUCGCUAUUUAACGGCACACUGUCUCGCAAGUUCAUGACAGGCAGAUUACCGAACCUCCGUGACUUGGUGAAGUUAUGUUAUAGAAUAGAACGGCGGUUGCGGAAUCUUGGAUGUGAAACUGGCUAUGAGGCAGUACCAGAGGGUACUCAUGACGAACUUUUUAUGGAUACUGUUGACAUUUUCGCAGCCUGUUUCCCCAAAGGAUUACUCCAGUCAACCGUGGCGGGAGUUAUUGCGGAAGGGAUGCAGAUAUCUCCCCAGCGUAUGAACUUUUGCCUGUCCGAACAGACUCCUAAGUAUUUGGAUUCUCCCCACUCAGUCACGAUUGGCAGAGAAUGCUGCCAGAAAAGAAAACCUCUUGGCCUGCGCAAGUCGUCCUCUUCAACAGCAGCUCAUAGUACUUUUGCACCAACAAGAGCUUCGUUGAGGAUAAUGGAGCAAAUUGCGUCAGCGUUGCAGCUCUCCGAGCCCGUUUUACUGGUUGGAGAAACUGGAAUUGGCAAAACAGCAGUGAUCCAACAGCUUGCAUCUCUCUUGCACCAGCGUUUGACGGUGGUAAAUUUGUCGCAACAGAGUGAAAGCACUGACUUGCUAGGUGGUUUCAAGCCGGUCAAUGUUCGAUCGAUUGCUGUUCCCUUAGUUGACGAGUUUAAUUCAUUGUUCGAAUCAACCUUCUCUGCUAAAAAGAACCUGAAAUUUCUAGCCUCGGUUGCAAAGUGCGUCACAACUGGCAAUUGGCGACGUCUAGUUAAUAUCCUUAAGGAGGCCAUCAAGAUGGCAUCAGGUAUCUUUGAAUCCUUGAACAAAAGUAAAAGUGAACUGACGGACGUGGUCUCGGAACAACCGUCGAAGAAAAGAAAGCUUGACGACACAAAAUAUACCAUCCUCCGUGGAAAAUGGGCCACUUUUUCGAGAGAAUUAAAGGAAUUCGAGGUCCGGGUUUCUGAAGGCGACAGCAAGUUUGCAUUCGCAUUCGUCCAAGGCAAGAUAGUCAAAGCGCUGAGGAAUGGUGAAUGGGUUUUACUCGACGAGAUAAAUUUAGCUUCUCCUGACACCUUAGAGAGCAUUGCUAGCCUCCUUCACUAUGGAGGCGAUGGCACUCCAUCUGUCCUGCUUUCUGAAGCUGGGGAAGUUGAACGCAUUUAUGGCGACUCAAAUUUCCGAAUUUUUGGGGCAAUGAACCCUGCAACUGAUGCUGGGAAACGAGAUUUGGUUCCUGGUUUACGAUCAAGAUUUACGGAGAUAUAUGUCAAUUCACCAGAUACCGAAAUUGAUGACCUUAUAACAUUGAUAGGUGCCUACCUAGGGUCGUUGGCUAUUGCGGACGAGAAAGCUACUAUCUCCCUUGCUCGCCUUUACCUUGACACGAAGAAGCUCAAUGUAGACAACAAGUUGACAGAUGGAGCAGGUCAGAAACCACAUUUUACCAUCAGGACUCUUGUUCGUUGCUUGAUAUACGUGAGAAAUCAAGCGCAUAUCUACGGGCUUCGACGAGCGAUGUACGAAGGGUUUUCUAUGAGUUUUUUGACGCUGCUCAGCAAGGCAUCCAAGCUCCAAAUUAUCCCCCUUUUGGAUCAACAUAUAUUUGGGAGCCUUAAAAAUUCCCGAUCUAUACUAUCGCAGACUCCCAAACCACCGAAUGACGGUGCAACCUAUGUUCAAUUCAAACAUUACUGGAUGAGACAGGGAGAAUUUCCGCUAGAAUCCCAACCACACUACAUUAUCACUCCUUUCAUUGAAAGGAAUUUAAUGAAUUUAGUGAGAGCGAGCUCUACGAGACUGUUUCCGAUUUUAUUACAAGGCCCAACCUCCUCUGGGAAAACCAGCAUGGUGGAAUACCUUGCCAAAAUUUCUGGCAACAGAUUUGUCCGAAUCAACAACCAUGAACAUACUGACCUCCAGGAAUAUUUGGGUUCAUACGUAUCCGGUGAAGAUGGCAGCUUGAAGUAUCAAGAAGGAAUACUGGUUGAGGCCCUAAGGAACGGCUACUGGAUUGUGUUAGAUGAACUUAACCUAGCGCCCACUGAUGUCCUGGAAGCUCUCAACCGCCUUCUUGAUGACAAUAGAGAAUUAUUUUUACCUGAAUCCCAAGAAGUCAUCCGCCCAAACCCGAACUUUAUGCUGUUUGCUACUCAAAAUCCUGCUGGUCUCUAUGGCGGCCGAAAGGUCCUUUCACGUGCUUUUCGAAAUCGAUUCCUUGAACUCCAUUUCGAUGAUAUUCCUGAGGACGAACUGGAAUAUAUUCUCAAGGAACGAUCUCAAAUUCCUCCAUCAUUCUGUGCUAGAAUAGUGUCUGUUUACCGAAAGCUUUCACUGCUACGACAAUCCAGCCGCUUAUUCGAGCAACGAAACAGCUUUGCUACCCUCCGUGAUCUUUUUCGAUGGGCCCAACGGCGCGCUGAUGAUCGCGAACAAUUGGCUGUGAAUGGUUUUAUGCUAUUGGCAGAGAGGGUAAGAAAUCCUCAAGAGAGGGCAGCUGUAAAGGAGGUAAUAGAGGAAGUUAUGCGAGUAAAACUCGAUCAGACCGCCAUUUAUAGUUCCCGGUGCUUGGAUGCGCGUCUUCAACAGCUUUCAGCAACUGCCCCAACAAGUAUAAUAUGGACUCAAGCGAUGAGACGGGUAUUUAUUCUUGUUUCGCAGGCAAUUGAACACAACGAACCUGUGCUGCUCGUUGGGGAAACUGGAUGUGGCAAAACGCAAAUUUGUCAAGCUAUUGCAGAAAUAUAUGGAAAGCAGCUUUUUACCAUUAACGCUCAUGUUAACCUCGAGACAGGAGACAUCGUUGGUGCACAGAGGCCGUUGAGAAAUAGAUCCACAAUCGAAGCACAGCUUUUAGCAGACCUGUCCGCAGUCUUGAAAUCCAUCGAUGCAUAUGAUGAAAGCAGCGAUAACUCGAUUGACAAGCUAACAACAGUAUUUUCUGAGCUAAAUUCCCAGGCACUAGAUAUGUGUGAACCAAAUUUGAUCAAUCGUAUACGAGAAAAUAUGACAAGAGCGAAAGCGUUAUUCGAGUGGUCUAAUGGUAGUCUUAUAACGGCAAUGGAAUGCGGUCAGCAUUUCCUCCUUGACGAAAUUUCACUCGCAGACGACUCCGUUUUAGAGCGUCUAAAUAGUGUUCUCGAGCCUCACCGGUCUUUGCUCCUUGCAGAAAAGGGGCCUAUAAAUUUGGUAGUUGCGAAGGAUGGUUUCCAGUUUUUAGCAACAAUGAACCCAGGAGGCGACUACGGAAAAAGGGAACUGUCUGCAGCGCUCAGGAACCGUCUUACCGAAAUUUGGGUGCCUCAGCUCUCAGAAGCUGAAGAUAUCCUUCCCAUCUUGUCUUCAAAACUCGUAUCACCAAUCUCAAAUGCCCCAAGCGCAAUGUUAGCGUUUGCAAGAUGGUUCAAAGAAACUUCCCAGAGCACUUCAUCAACAUCAAUAUCCAUUCGUGAUUUGUUAGCAUGGGUUGGUUUUGUAAACCAAUGCAAAGAUCUCGAUCAAGCUGCUGCGGUGGUCCAUGGGGCGGCUCUGGUGUAUAUAGAUACACUGGGUGCCAACCCUUCUGCCAUGUUUGUUUCAGGCCCGGCAAAUCUCAAACACGAUCGACUUAAAUGUCUUGAGAGAUUGGGUGAAAUUUUUGGUUUUGACGCUGUCUCUAUCUAUUACCAAGCAACUACUAUAUCUAUGGAAGACAACAAUAUGAGAAUUGGCCCAUUCGUUCUGGAGAUGAGCACUCAUUCCGAGCAUGAUCCCACAUUUUCCUUAGAAGCACCGACUACAGUUGCCAACUCGCUGAGGAUUGCCCGAGGUCUUCAGUUAACAAAGCCUAUUCUGCUUGAGGGUAGUCCUGGCGUUGGAAAAACCACCCUUGUUGCUGCUUUGGCACAAUGUCUUGGGAAACCGCUUACUCGAAUCAAUCUUUCUGACCAGACUGAUCUAACGGAUUUAUUUGGAUCAGAUGUGCCUGUUGAAGGUGGCGACAUGGGAAAUUUCGCUUGGAGUGAUGCUCCGUUUCUACGAGCUAUGCAGACUGGUGGUUGGGUUCUCCUGGACGAGAUGAACCUUGCAUCACAGUCUGUUCUGGAAGGUUUGAAUUCCUGUUUAGACCACCGUCAACAAGUUUACGUGGCGGAGUUGGACCAAACGUUUAAACGGCACCCCGACUUUGUUUUAUUUGCAGCGCAAAACCCUCACCACCAAGGAGGUGGGAGAAAAGGUCUUCCUGCAUCGUUCGUGAAUCGAUUUACAGUUGUAUAUGCAGACUCGUUUAGUGAUGACGACUUAAAGAUGAUCUGUAAACGGUUGUCUCCUCUUGCUCCUGAAAGGGAGAUACAACAGCUAGUUGAAUUUGUCUCUUCGUUAAAUAUUAAAAUAACGAACGAACGACUCCUGGGAACUACUGGAGGACCUUGGGAAAUAAAUUUGCGAGAUAUUUCAAGAUGGCUCAGACUUCUUGAAUCCACUCCAAUCCGAGUUUCUCCUUCUCAGUUCCUCGAUGUUGUGAUUAGCCAGAGAUUUCGCACACAUGGUGACAGAUCCCUCGUUUUGUCAUUGUACGAGGAUGUCUUCCGAUCGACACCUGUUGUUAAAAGCUAUUUCCAUAACCUGAGCGUGUCGCAAUACCAAGUUGGCCUUAGUGUACUUCAACGCGACCCGCUGGUGCAAAAUUUCAAUGAUCCUCAGAUGAAGAUACUCACCGGCGAUCUAGCAAUUAUGGAAUCAUUGGCAUUGUGCAUAGAGCAAGGAUGGCCCAGUAUUCUCGUGGGCACAUCAGGAUGUGGGAAGACGACCAUUUUGCGGAAGCUUGCCACUUUGAGUGGCUGCAAGCUUGUGGAAUUGUCCCUAAACGCGGACACUGAUACUAUGGAUCUUGUCGGGGGCUUUGAGCAGGUAGACAAUGACCGCCAUCUGCUAAGUUUCAUGGAUGAAUUGAACCAGCUUUUGCAAAAUCAAGUUGUUUCUACAUACACCGCAACCGAACAGACCGGUAUGGAAAGUGAGCUUGUGCAACUUUACCAAGACGUCAAGAGCGGGUCAUCUAAUCUUGAAACCAUUUCGGAGGCACUUCAUAGAAUUUCACUCAAGGGAUUACAUCCGAGCUUCACAGAGUUUUACAAUCGUUCUAAAACACUGCUAAAAUCAUCCUUUGUUAACCAGACGAUCGGCUUCGAAUGGACGGAAGGCAUAUUUGUCCAAUCAGUCCAGAAAGGUGAUUGGGUGGUCCUUGACAAUGCCAACCUCUGUAAUCCCUCCGUUUUAGAUCGACUAAAUUCACUCAUGGAACCGAACGGGUAUUUAGUUAUCAAUGAGCAAAGGACUGGAGAUGGCACUGCAAAAGUGGUGAAGCCACACCCAAAUUUUCGACUGUUUCUCACUAUGGAUCCUCGUCAUGGAGAGUUGUCAAGAGCAAUGAGGAAUCGGGCUAUCGAAAUAUGUCUGCAGCCCGGAGUCACCGGCGUUAUGUACCAGACGUUUGAUCGCUACAGUACUUUUUUAAGUCGUGAUACCCUUUCUUCUUUGAAGGAUUUUCUAUGCGAUGGAAGUUGGAAUGAACAUAAAUUUUCAAGCUUUCGCUAUGGGAUUGAGCCGCUGCAUCCAUUGAUCAACGAGCCCCGAGCUGUGGCUUGUAUUAUUCCAGAAUCGCAAGUUCUCUUAGCAAAACUAGCCAAACUCCAAGAGAUUCAAUUUGACGUUUGGCAUUUCCACCAAGUCUUCUGUCAAGUUCGUGACUCCCUUUCCAACAAAAACCCUUCGGAAAUGAGCAGACUAGAAAGAUCAGUUGCUUCAAAUAGGAUCCCCACCCUAAUGAAGGAAUCUACCCAACCGGUGGCUUUUUAUCUUUCUAGCUGUAUCCAGGCUUUGAGUGAGACCAUUCAGAAGGUCAAUUAUGAGGUUUUGCGUUCCGUUGAUGUGUGUGCUAUGGCCAGUUCUAUAUUGGAGUUGUGCUGGGAUAUUUUUGGUGUCGUGCAAACCAAUAAUUUUGAUGAAGGAUUAUUUCAAACGUAUUUGCAAAUUGGACAAUCUCUCUGUUCUCGCUUUAGGGAUAUUAAGCUUGAUCUUGUCAGGGUCCUGUCUGAAUCACUUGAUAUGUUUCGUAUCAACUGGGGCUUGACAACAGGGCAAAGCAUGCAAAGGAUAUGGGAUCAGUGGAGGCCAGCGACACCAACCGACCCUGCUCAUUUGAAGUCAAUGGUGGAUUUGCAACACAUUGCUGCCAGAUUUGAUCUUAUUACUUUGAAAACGAAUUUGCCCUUUUCGCAACUUGGCGAGAUGCGUCACUCACUAGUCCAAGCACAGAUUUCAAUGCUACAAGGCGCGGACGGAGUUGGUCUGAUCCAUGAUCUUCAGCAUGUAAUCGAUGACCUUGAAGCUCGAGUGCUGGAUUCCGGCCCAGUAUCACCCCCCUAUUUUUCCUUAGAGUUUGAAGCACUUUCACAGUAUCGUGAUUUCAUUGACAUCAGCAAGUCAGCUACGGAGACCAUAAAUUAUGGCCUCUCGGAUGUAUUGCAGCUACUCGCGGGACGUCCGUCUUACCCUCAUGAUAUGUCAACUCUAGGAAAUCCUGUCCCAGAUCUCCUCUCAAGAGUAUCGCGUUUUUCAGGCUUCCAAAACGACUCAAGCAAACCGCUGGCACUUCGUGGAAUUUUCUCGCUAUCAUUAAUCGCGAAACUAGCCUCUCUUGGAAUUGUGCCGGUGAAAGGAAUGAACAUACUGAAUUCUGAACUUGACUUCAUCGCGAACGGCUUAUGUUCAAGCACUGACCAAAUCGCGCGCGAUCAACUUGAUAUCCUCCAGAAGCAAUUAGCUAGGCUCCUUCAAGAGCUUUUGCGUUGUCAUGGGGAUUUGAUCGACCCCGUGUCACUCGGAAGCGCUGCAUCAUACCUAGACACGCUUGUUCGUGAUUCAGACCUCAGCGGUCUUGUCAAUACCCAAAUACCACCACUUAAAUUGCGAGAUAAUUCUGACAAACUUCACUAUUUCAAUGAAUUUGCGUCGAGAUCAUUCAAUAAAAUUGUAUCUUCUUUAGUUGGCAUAUGUGGUAAAACGGGCACUACUAAUCACCUUCAACUGGGAGCCGCCUGUAUCCACCUUGCUAUGGCAUGCCUUCGGUUCUUUGUCCCAAACAGACCUUUCGACCCGUCCCUUGGCUUGGCUGUUCAGAGACACCGAUACACACAACGCGUCCAGGAGAAGAAUAAGAAGCUUAAUGCAUUGAAAGCAUAUGAGUUAUCAUUUUCUGGGCAAGAGUCGAGCAUACGUAUUCGGAUCGCCCAAGAGGAGCUCCGGUUGUUGGGUGACAUACCACCUUCGCCCCCAGUUAUUCGACCACAGCCUUCCCAGAUUGGUGAAUUACAGGGAGAAUUUUCCAACCUUCUAAAUUCAGUUGUGAACUUGAAUCCAGAUGGUAUACUUCGUUCCCUUCAGGAUUCAGCCAACCCAGACCUUGCCAAUACAACCAAGCAACAAGGCGAACUUCUCCAGAAAAAUAUCCAGCAAAUAUGUCUUCGCCUCACCACAAAUUAUAAAGCGUACGAAGAUGUUGUCAUUCCUGUCAUCCGAUUCCUGGAGAUCCUGCAUCUCGGAGUGGACUUGGUUCAGUGUUCUGACCUUCAUUCCCAUUUGGAGCAAGGUUUCAUACAUGCUAUGAGCCAGAUUACACCCUUAAUGAGCUGCAGAAGAGUAUCACUCCCCGAUCUGCAACAUCGCCCCUCUCGACUGUCUAACUCGGAGAAGGUCGACAUCGGACUACAACGACUUUCUAUUCUAUGGGUCUUUCAAAAUACGGACCCUGAAACUCUUUCAACUGCUGCAAAUCGCCAACUUCUCCGCGACACUUUUGAGGACUUUUCCAGUAUCUGGAAACAGCAGCUAGAAGAUGACCAAAAUAAACACUAUGAAAUGUCGAACUUAUACCGUUAUCGAGGAUCGUUUGAGGAUGAUCAGGAAAUAGAAGCUGCCGAGGUUUCUCAACUUUUCCCAAAGUUCGACGGCACGAUUGAGGAUGACCUUGAAAUUGGAACACUGGCACAAUUCGAUGUCAAAACUAUUUCCCUAAGGCUUUCUCAUAUACUCAACAAUUUAUUCUCAGACCUCGACAAAGAGUCCACAGUAAAGCGAUUGUUGUUAGACUCCACGAAACUACUUGGUAUUAACAUGGCGAAAAGCUCAACAGAUAUCCCAAUCAUGGACCCCAAAUCACAUCUGCUAGGGGCGAUUUUAUUCCUAGACGAUGUAAAGUCUAUUAAACAACCAACAUCUUACAACUUUUAUUCAAGCCCGAACUUGGUAGAGGUCAAGAAGCUCGCCGAUCUAGUUGAAACUAUUAGCGUGCGUUUUAAAGAACUCCAAAAUUCGUGGCCUGAACACGCUACAAUUGCGGAUGUUAUUCGCUGUUGCUCCGAGAUUUUCCAAUUCAACCACCGAGAGCCUCUAGCCAAAUUUAUCACUAAAGCAGAGAAACUUCAUUCAUUCAUUUAUGAGUGGCAGGCUGUCGCGAGUAAAAAUUUCUCUGUCACUCAAUGCUAUGAUAAUAUAACGGCUCUACUCAUAAGUUGGCGGCGCAUUGAAUUAUCCACCUGGUCUCGGCUUUUGGACAUCGAAGAUGAAAAGUGCAGCGAAGAUGCGAGUGCUUGGUGGUUUGUUGCGUAUGAUGUGAUAAUUGCGGCCCCGUUACAGCUAGUUCAAGACGGACAGCCUUUGAUCGAACACUCCGUCGAACUCAUCACUACCCUCGAGAAAUUUAUUUGCUCCACUCCAAUGGGCCAAUACAAGUCUAGGCUGCAACUCAUUGAAAAGUUCAAAAUGCUUCUGACACUCUAUGCUUUGGACUUCCCGGCUCUGGACCAAUUGAGCGCUGCUAUUGACAACCUCCUUCAUCACUACUUCCCAUUUGUAUCUGUUUUUGAAAAAUCGCUCGGUGACGGUAGAAAAACACUAGAACGUGACAUACAACAAACGAUUCAGCUGGCAAUCUGGAAGGACACUAAUAUCAAUGCUCUUAGAGAAAGCGCACGUCGCUCCCACAACAAGUUGUUCAAGGUUGUGAGAAAGUAUCGCAGUCUUCUCAGCCAAUCCUCAGAGAGCUUAUUGUCGAAGGGACUCUCUAGCCUUCCGGAUAAAGCAGAAUCAUUCUCAGAUAAUCGUGUGACACUACCCAAUCCAGUUUCACCCGUUGCCCUUCGUGUGUGUCAUGAAAAUAUUCAAUCAUGGAGUCAGAAGCCCAUGCGAUUCACAGAUCCUGAUGCUGCAGUCAGGAGCAUGCAGCGUGUAUAUGAGAACUCUCUAAAUGGUUUACAAGCCCAUCAGGAGCUCGAUGCAUUCACUCGUGACAUAAUUGAUACCAUUGCCGAAUUUAAAUCUCAGACACCGAAGACACUCACGGAAGACAAUAAGCAUGAUGUUCAGCACCUCAAAGGUCAAAAGCGGCGGUUCUACGCAGAAAAACUGAAAGAUCUCCGAUUCAUGGGCAUUCGUUCUAAUGUUGGGACUGACAUUCUCGAAAGCCAAAGAUCGGUUGCGUCCGUCCUUUCCUCUACACUCCCUCUCACAAUUUCUGCUGGCUUGUCUCAUGUUAAAAGCGCAGACUCCUACUUUCAUAAAUUUUUGGAUCUAGUGCCUCGUGUUCGCAUUUCAUCUGUCGAGUACUCUGAAGAUCUUAGCAACGUUGAGGCUACUAGAAGUGCGGGGUUCAUAGAAGGUCUUCUACAUUGGGCUUUGAAGCAAAGGGAAACUCUAUCAUUAAGAUUAGAGAACUUAACUGCGGUUGAACUCACGCUGCAGCAAAUGAGGAACGUAUCCGAUCUUCGCAGCUCCCUCUUGCCAAAUAGCGACUACCUCCUCUCCGAUCGUCGUGAUCUCCGAGGAACGCUCCGGUGGCUUUCUACCAUCCUUGGUGUUUGCAAUUCAACGCUUCAAAUCCAUGGAUAUUUUGCGGGAAUUGGUUCGUCGGAAGUCCUGGAGGCAUUGAAUGAUUGGAAAAUCCGCUUGAACAACCUACUUGUCUCAAUCGAAGAUCUAAAAAUUCUACCCCCGGGAUUGUCUACCGGCACCCACGAAAAACUAUUUUCAAGUGUUCGGAUGUUAGUUUCAAACGUGAGAGCCGAUAUACUAAAAUGGAUUGACGUGCAUCCUGAGUUGAACUUUGCUCUGGAACAGAUACUUCCAUGGACUGAAUUGGGAGUCACAGCAAGCACACGGGAAGCCAAUGGCCAAAUUAAUAUUUCACUUGAAGAGUUUGACUCUUCCCUCUUCACAGUGAUGGACAAAAUUUUUGUUGUGAUGCAAAAAAUUAGUUCGUCCUUGUCCACCGCCCCUCCUUCAAAGGAUAUUCCCGCCUGGCUAGUGAAAACCGAACAAGUUAUAUCGAAAGCAUGUGCAGAGCUCCACAUGGCUGAUAUUGUUGACGACAUACGAUGUGUUCUAGCCCGGAUUCGGCAUGUAUCGGAGAAGGAUUCGAAUUCUCUUGCUGUUGUUGGCGCAGCGAUAUCAGCAAUCAUGCCAAUUGCCGAACAAUACCAGUCAAUAUGUACUGAUAUCCUCCACCGGUAUUCUGCACUACACCGAGAAACGUGCAAAAUGUCAUAUCUCUUAGCGAAGUCGUUUAACCAGAUUGCGUCGGAAGGUUUCUGUGCUCCUCCUGAGAACGCUGGAGAGCACGGUAAGUCUGACAAGUUGGAGACUGGGACUGGACUUGGCGAUGGAGAAGGUGCUGAGGAUAUUAGCAAAGACGUUCAAGAUGACGAGGACUUGGCUGACCUGGCUCAAGAAAAACAACAAAUGGAUGGAGACAAAGAGGAUAAGGACACAGGAGUUGAUGCUGUCAAUAUGGACCAAGAGGAUCUUGAGGCGGACAGGAGUGAUUUUGAUGAUGAAAUAGAAAAAGAUGACGGAAGUUUUUCAGACAAAGAAGAUGAGGAUGACAUGGACCUUGAUGAAGAAACCGGUAGUGUUGAUAGACUAGACGCAUCCGCAGUUGAUGAAAAAAUGUGGGAUGGAACGAAUGAUCAAGAUCAGAAAGAUACUGAAAACGAACAAGGAAAAGGGGACGCAGAAUCAGAAGACAAAACUGCGGCGUCGGCUAACAAGAAUGAAAAAAUAAAUGAAAGUAAAAAUGGGGACGAAAGCGAAAACGAGGGAUCAGAACCUCCUGACGAUGAAGGGGAAGCUGUUGGGAGGGAGGACAUGGAUACAACCGACCCACAUGCAAAGGAAGAACCAAUUCUUGAUCUACCCGAAGACAUGGAACUCGAUGGUCAAGAUGACAAAGAUAAACAGGACACCGAUUUUGAGGAUGAUCUUGGUGAUUUGUCAGAUGAUAAUAGGAGCAACUGGGAAGGUGAACCAAAUGCUCCUGAAGAAUCUAAUGAUCACCCAGAUUUAGACUCUCAAGAGCAAGCUGAAAGUGAAACAGAGCCCGCAAACGAAGUUAAAGAAGAAAACCUCAACGGACAAGAAGGCGUUGAAUGUCACCAAGAGGAAAGCGAAACCGGGACAGAAGAAAAGGAAAGAGACGAGCUCUUGGAAUCGAAAAGGACAGAUAACCAAGCAGAUGCAGAGGAUAUCGCUCCGAGUGAGGAGGUUUCUGUCGGUCAAGGUGUCGACCAAGAUCAAAAUCAAGAGCAUGGAGACUCUGGCAAAGCAACUCAAGAACAUGGCUCCAAGGACCAGGCAGACGAGCAAAAUCUACAAGGUAGUGCUGACCAGGGCGAAGACGGCAAAGAAGCAACAAAUGUAUCUGGCGGUAGAGAUGAUGGCAAGCUAGAUGACUCCCAAACACAAGCAUUCAAAAAGCUCGGCGACAUUCUUGAGCAAUGGCACCGCCGUCAACGUCAAAUCCAGGAGGCUUCUGACCAUCAAGACACUUCCCAAAAUGAAAAUCAGGAUGCCAACAUGGAAGAUGCAGACUUUGAGCAUCUUGCGGAUGAUCAGGAUGCCGCAGACACUCAAGCGCUUGGCCAGGCAACCGAGGAACAAGCGAAAAGCCUCGAUCAAAGCAACGCCGUCGAAUCUGAUGUACGGCCGGAAGAAGGCGAAUUCCCUUCACAUGCCACAGAGCCUGAAAAUCCUCCAGCAGAACAGUCUUUAGAAGAUCGAAUGGAUUUGGACCAGCAACCAGGUCUGUCGGAGAACAAUACAUCGAGAUCAUAUGUUGCUGGUGAUAGGAUUACGGAAAAUGAUCCCACCCAUCAAGAUAGCCAAACAUCGGACUCUCAAGAGAUGGAAGACGUGGAUGCUCAUCUUUCUUCCUUUCAUGUCGGCUCAGAAUCGGCUCCGUUGACUUCUCCAGAGGAAGCCCGACGCCUAUGGUCUCACUACGAAUCAAUUACCCACGACCUGUCACUUGCGCUGACUGAACAGCUACGCUUGAUUCUCGCACCCACCCUGGCAACCAAGCUGCGAGGCGACUUUAGGACCGGGAAACGACUUAACAUUAAGCGCAUCAUUCCCUACAUCGCAUCCCAGUACAAGCGUGAUAAGAUCUGGAUGCGACGAUCCGUCCCUUCGAAGCGAAGUUACCAGAUCAUGCUUGCGGUUGACGACAGUAAAUCAAUGCUCGAAAGCGGUAGCGGACAACUUGCCUUCGAGACGCUCGCUCUUAUUACAAAGAGUCUAAGUAUGCUGGAAGCAGGGGAUCUCUGCGUUGUCAGUUUCGGGGACGAGGACCACGUCCGUGUGGCUCAUGAAUUUGGCAAAACUUUCUCUUCUGAAGCAGGCGUCCAAAUCUUCCAGCAGUUUAGCUACAAGCAAACUGGCACAAAUGUUCGAAAACUUAUCUCAGACUCAAUUGCUUUGUUCCGGGAGGCGAAAAUGAAGCGCUCCCGCUCAAGUGGGAGUGAAGACCUUUGGCAACUGGAGCUCAUCAUAUCAGAUGGAAUCUGUGAAGACCAUGAGACCAUUCGCCGACUAGUUCGACAAGCGCAAGAGGAACGAAUCAUGAUAGUAUUCAUCAUCGUCGAUGCAGUGAAGGGGAGCUCCAUCCUCGAUCUAACACAAGCGAGUUUCGAGCCUGAUGGGUCGGGGGCGGGAGAAAUGAAGUUGAAAAUGAAGAGGUACCUGGAAGGAUUUCCAUUUUCAUAUUAUCUGGUGGUUAGGGAUGUGCAGGAGUUACCGGCUAUUUUGAGUCUGGCGUUAAAACAAUGGUUUGCGGAAGUUGUCGAUGUAGCAGCUUAG